AAAAAAGAGAGCAAGGCCGUCUUCUCGUGUGACGCAUGGCUCACGCUACGGUACGCCAUUUGUGUCUAGCAGCAAAAAGCGCGGACAGUGGAAAUAGUCGUAUAACAAGAGGAGUUUGAUCCAGCUUUGAUGAUAGUGAACAACUUCACUGUUAUAUACAUAUAGCAGUAUAUGAUAUGGAUACAACAUUGAUAUCAGGAAAGGAAGCUGCUGAGGACAAAGUGCCUGAAGAUGACACCAGUGGGAAGGUGAAGCCAGAUGAUUUGGAAAUGGAGGACACUGAAAGAGACUCAUCCAGUCGGACCGCCAAGCCUGAUGAAGCAGAUGAGGAACUCGCUGAGAGGCUGCAGCCGGACUCUGUAAAUGAAGUUGAAGUUGUACCUGGAGAUGGGGAUAACCUCUGCACAAUUUGUGGCUUCUCAGCCAAAUGUCCAAGAUCACUGAAGAUUCACUACGCAAGAAAGCACGUUAAAAACUCAAAGAAUAGAGCUGCAAAGCCAGCUGAAAAUAUCUCUGACGUGAAUCCAGCUAAAAUCCAACAGGAAGUAGACAUGAAGACAGAAAGUGCUGCUGAAGUCGAACAAAACCAGGAGUCUGACCUCGAGGAGCUGAGAUCAGCAGCCAAUGACAACGCCAUGAACACAAAUAGUUUAACUAAAAAGGAAACCGUUUCAGACAAACAGCAGGCAGAUCCACAGGAGGGGAUCUCUACCCAAGAAAGAAGAGUAAGCAAGCGAACCCCAAAACCUAAAAUGAUAUAUUCCUGCAACUACUGUGGACAAGAGUUUAGGGACAAGUCCCCUCUAGAUGUGCAUGUCCAGAGAUACCACACCAAAGACACCCCAUACACAUUUGGUGCUGGUGAGAACAUGGAUGACAAAAAGGAAGCUGAGGAUCCUGGCAGCACUCUGAAGGCUACUCCAACUCGAGUGGCAGCUAAACGUGGGCUCAGCAGGUUCCAGCUCAAGUGUACGAACUGUGAUUUUAGGGUUAGCACCUCUGCGUUGCUGGAGAGCCAUGCUCGAAUCAAACACCCGAACCAGGAGUGGUACCGUUGCAAAUUGUGUAACUUCUUUUCGGCCACAUCUGAGUGGAUGGAUACUCACCUGUCCUCAGAUUGUCACGUGCAGCAGCAGAAAGGGGAGAAAAGCACAGAGUCUUCCUCAUUUGAAGUCUACGUUGAGACAGUAAGUAGAGACAGCGCUGGAGAUGGUGCUAACAUAGAUGAUAUGGCUCAGGUGGCUAGCGGAGAAGGGGUAACCGCUUCGACAAAAGGAGAUCAGGAAACUGAAGAGGCAGUGGAGGCUGCCAAAGCUAUGUUGGUUGACGAGGAAGACGCUGAGCUUGAAUCUCCCAGAAAGAAAAGAGGAAGAACAAAGCAUGGGUCCACGACCACUUGUGGAUACUGUGGCCUGGUAGUGUCCAACGCUGCUAACCUCAGUGUCCAUGUCCGCCGCAAACACAGCAAGGAGUAUGGCUACAGCUGCACUCUGUGCAACUACAGCUGCGUGACCAAAGGAGACAUGGAUCGCCACUGUUUCACCAAGAAACAUGUUCGGCGUGCACAAGAGUGCGCAGAUAAGAACCAAGUCGACAAUCAGACAAGUGUAUCACCACAGGAACCCACAACUGCACAAGCCGAGGAACCAAACGCAGCCUCACAGACCACCGACAAAGAACUGGAAUCUGACAUCACGGCCUCCAAAGAACAUAGUGGAGAAGAGCAAACUCAGUCAGACCCAAGCCAGAAAAAAAGUAAAUAUGACUCUGUUAAUGCUUGCAGCCAUUGCGAUUUUGUAGCGCAAUCAAUCCCUUCGCUCCAUCUUCACGUCAAGAGAAAGCACACCAAAGAUUUUGAGUACGUGUGUCUAGCAUGUAGCUACUACGCUGUAACAAGCAGGGAAAUGUCUCGCCAUGCCAACACAGAAAAGCACAAACAGAAAAGCCAGAAAUACCUGGAACCGCUAGGAACCGCGAGUGAGGGACAAAAAGCUUUGGCACACCCGUUGAAGCUGAAAGAGGUCAUAGAGCUUGUGGGGGCAAACUCUAACCCUGAAUGUGAACCCCAUAGCUCCGCGGAAGAGUCCGACUCUUGUUCUGAUAACAGCCAAGCGAUGGAAAGUCAGAAUACAGCUGCACCCUUGGUCGCCACAGAGCCUGCUGAUGCUGUGGCCAGUGUGGCUGGCAGUGCUGCUGAGAAACAAGCAGAGAGUGUUACAUCUCCCAGCAGUGGUGAACCAGACCCAACCAGCGAGACAAUUGGACAUACAGCGCUGUGUGAACCCCAGCCGGCUCCAGCAGAACUUCAGCCUGCAGUGGAUCAGCCCGCACAGCAAGAAAACCAGGAGGAAGGGGGCAAACAAGCAGACGAAAAGCACUUAAAUGCGGAUGAGAUGAUUACAGAUGCAAAAAGUGACAGCUCUCAUUCAGAUACACAGAUGUCCAAAGCCCUUCCCUUUGAUGCUUGCAUUGUAUCCACGAAGGACCUUGCUGAGCAUGAGCUGCAGGAAGGUCUGGCUCUAGAGGGCGAGGCUGCCGUGAUAUGUCUGACUGGAGGAACGUCGAUGCCCUCCAGCUUCCUGCCCCCCACUUCCGCAUUUAUCAAGAAGCUCACGCGCAAGGAAUUGUUGGGGAGAAAGGAAGCCAAAGGAAGCAGCUCUCGCAUCCGCUGCGACGACUGUGGCUUCAUGGCCGACGGCAUCAGCGGCCUCAACGUCCACAUCUCGAUGAAGCAUCCGUCCAAGGAGAAGCAUUUCCACUGCUUGGUGUGUGGCAAGUCUUUCUACACCGAGAGCAACCUGCACCAGCACCUGACCAGCGCCGCCCACCUCCGCAACGAGCAGAACAGCGUGGAGGAGCUGCCAGAAGGGGGCGCCAGCUUCAAGUGUGUGAAAUGCACCGACCGCUUCGAGUUGGAGCAGGACCUGUUCCUUCACAUCAAGGAGAAACACGAGGAGCUUCUGAGGGAGGUCAACAAGUACGUGGUGGAGGACACGGAGCAGAUCAACCGCGAGCGCGAGGAGAACCAGGGCAGUGUGUGUAAAUACUGUGGCAAGGUGUGCAAGAGCAGCAACUCCAUGGCCUUCCUGGCACACAUUCGCACACACACCGGAUCCAAGCCCUUCAUGUGUACGAUCUGCAACUUUGCAACGGCUCAGCUGGGAGACGCCAGGAACCACGUGAAGAGACACCUCGGCAUGAGAGAGUACAAAUGCGACAUCUGUGGAUGGGCCUUUGUGAUGAAGAAACACCUCAGCACCCACCUGCUGGGAAAACAUGGAGUUGGACAGCGUAAAGAAAGGAAGUUUGAAUGCGAGUUGUGCGAGCGCACUUUCAGUGAAAAAUGGGCUCUGAACAACCACAUGAAACUGCACAGUGGGGAGAAACCAUAUAAGUGUGCCUGGCCGUCCUGCCACUACGCCUUCCUCAACCUGUCAGCCAUGAAGGACCACUACAGGACACACACAGGAGAGAAGACUUAUCUAUGUGACCUGUGUGGUUUUGCUGGAGGCACAAGACACGCCCUCACCAAACACAGACGCCAACACACAGGAGAGAGACCCUUCAAAUGUAAGCUCUGCAACUUCGCCUCCACCACGCAGUCCCACCUAUCGCGGCACAAACGUGUUCACACUGGGGAGAAACCGUACCGCUGCCCCUGGUGCGACUACAGAUCCAACUGUGCUGAGAACAUCCGGAAGCACAUCCUCCAUACGGGCAAACACGAGGGCGUGAAGAUGUACAACUGUCCCAAAUGUAACUAUGCCACCAACUCUCCCAUGGAGUUCCGCAACCACCUGAAGGAAAGUCACCCUGAUAUCGAGAAUCCAGACCUCGCCUACCUACAUGCAGGUAUCGUGUCCAAGUCUUUCGAGUGUCGUCUGAAGGGUCAGGGGGCUACGUUUGUGGAAACAGAAGCCAUGGACUCCCCUGUGCACAAUAAUGGCUCAUUGGAGGCAUCUGGCCACAAUGAUUCUAUCCAGCAGGUCAUCAUUAUCCAGGGCUACGGCGACGGAGAGGUGACCAUCGACCAGGCCCUGGAAGAGUCGGCUGCUGCCACCCUGCAGACGCUGGCCAUGGCCGGCCAGGUGGCAGAGGUGCUCCACAUCACAGAGGAUGGACAAGUCAUAGCCUCGGGCAGGGAAGUUGCAUCCGCAGGGGCCCACCUGGCCGAAGGCAGCACCCAGUACGUGGUGCUGGAGUCGGGCGAGGCCAGGAAAGAGCUGCUACCCCUCGCUAGAGGAGGGGUAGCAGUGGCAGCCGCAGGACAAAGUCACAUGGUUUCGGAGUCGUCCACAGCUCUGGAUGCUCUGCUCAGCGCUGUCAGCGAAAUGGGCCAUCAGGAGGAAAUGCAAGGGCAGACUGCCAUCGCCCAAGAGGUCGUGAAACCUGAGAUAGCCGAGGCUGCGCAGAGCGUAGCGCAGUCGGACGUCAAACAGGAACAGGAAGAGAUGCAGGUCAUCCAGGAGACCAGCCGCCAGGAGAUGCAGGAGGUGCUGCAGCUCGCCGCGUCCCAGAUGAUGAAGGAAGGUCUAACCCAGGUUAUUGUCAACGACGAGGGAACGCACUACAUUGUGACAGAGCUGGACAACUGCACCUUACAGGUGGAGGGAAGCGUGUAUGGAGAGGCCGGGGCAGGGGGCGGGGAGGGACAGCAGGCAGAGCAUCAGGCUGGAGAAGAGAUGGUGGUCUAUCUGGAUGGAACCCCUCAUAAUAUAGUUCUGGAAGGGUAGAGGAUAGAGAAAUUAACUGAGAAGAGGUACAGUUGUCGUUUCAUCAAAUUUUUACUUGUUUAAUUCUGUUAAAGCCUACUUUCUUUUUUUAAUUUAAUUUUUAAUUUUUUUUUACAUCACUUCUGUUUUUUAUCUUCUCUUGGGCUACGCUAAACUCAGGUUACACAUCAUUUAUUCAGAGGGACAGUGGAGGAAACCGGUUUGGUGCUAAGUGAGUUAACUUGCAAUCCUCACAACCACCAGGACUACAUUAACCACUUGAUUAAUGCCAUGCAGCUUAAGGAAAGGAAAAUAUUUCCUCUUGGAAUAGGUUUUUGAAAAUGCAUCUAAUAUUCUGAGAGUCAUUCAAAGGAGAAUGUGUAUUCUGCUUUUUGUUUUCUUUAUGAUACCUUUGUUUAAUAUGACCUUAGGUUUAGUUUGCGAUGUUAGAAUUUUGACCAUGACACAAUGAUUUAUUAAUUCUCUUUUUUUUUAUUAUUGUCUUCUUUCCAUCCUUUGUAGGGAUUAGUAUAUUACUAGUUGAUGGAUUUUUUUAAAAAAAACAAACAGAUCUUACAGAUGAUUUACAUGUAAUAAAAUAGAGUUGAUAAUUACAUAUUUCAGUUUUUUGACAACCCUAGCUCUAAAGACCAUGAAUGCCAUUUCAUUUCGGACAAUAAAGAUUGAGUCUAAUUUUU